AUGACCAACUUCCAAGGAGCCUUUCUGGUAAUCGUAUUCACCUUGACCUUUGGCAAUGUUGAUGCUUUCUGGCGGAUGGUGUGCGGCACCGUCCAGGUAGGCAGAGUCGAUCCCAUCAUCUCUCCUGGUGGGAUCUCCGGACACUGUCAUACCAUUGCCGGACCGAAUAACAUCAACACCACCUCGACCUUUGACAGUCUGCAGGCAUCAUACUGCACCUCGUGCAGCAUCCAAAAGGAUAAGAGUGCUUACUGGACCCCUCAACUGUACUAUAGGCAUCGCAAUGGCUCUUUCGAGGAAGUCCCACACGACGGAACUGUCGUCUACUAUCUGGACCGUGGAGUCGACAUUGCCAACAUCGUUGCUUUCCCGCCCGGAUUCCGUGUUCUUUCUGGAGACUCGGCUGCACGGGCCUAUGAUCCAACAACCAAUACUUAUGGAAAUAAGCAGUACGGCGGCCGACCUGUUGCUGAUCGAACUAGCUUUGCUUGUCUCGACAGCAGCGGUCCUAUGCCUGAGACCCCUGGAUUCAACGUGACUCGGUGUAGUUCCGGUCUACGUGCGCAAAUCCACUUCCAGAGCUGCUGGGAUGGGGUCAAUCUGUUCAAGUCGGACCAGAGCCACGUUGCAUACCUGUCCGGCAUAGACAACGGGGUCUGUCCGCCUACGCAUCCGAAGUUGCUGCCUCAUCUGUUCUUUGAAAUCAUUUAUUCGGUCAACAGCGUCGACCAGUCCGAUGGAGGGAUGUUUGUCUUCGCCAAUGGUGACACCACGGGCUAUGGCUUCCACGGUGAUUUCUUGAAUGGUUGGGAUCCGCAAGUGCAGGCCGAUGCCAUCAGCCAAUGUAUGGGACCUCAAGCCACGAACGGCGGCCAGAUUGGUCUCUGCCCUCCUCUCGCUGCUUCUGUGGAUCCGUACUACAGUCGGAACUGUCCCGAGCAGCAACCCUUGGUCAACGAGACUGUUCAUGGCAUGCUUAAAGUCCUCCCCGGCUGUAAUCCCCCGACUGGAGGACCGCUCCGUGCCGCUCAGAACACCUGCCCUGUCCAGCCGGCGCUCAAUUACAUCCCCAACCAGGACUACAAGAACCGGUCGGUGGCAAUCCCUGGAGACAAGGUCGGGACUUGGCAAUAUAUGGGUUGUUCAUACGACACAGGAACACCGCGCCCGCUGGCCGGUCUCGGCUACUCAAACACCACAGGCAUGACCAUUGAUACUUGCACCGCCUUCUGUAAGAAGAAUGGUUACUUCCUCGCCGGCCUUGAGUAUUCAACACAAUGCUACUGCGCCAGCGCCAUGUCUCAGAUCCUGCAGGACCCCAUUACGUGCUCUUGGCAGUCUUACAUGAUCUGCAGCGGCAACAAUUUCCAGUUCUGCGGCGGCCAGGGGCUUAUGCAGAUCUGGAACGACACAACAUACUCGGGUCCUGCGAUCAAAGGUGUCCCUGUCGCUGGCAAGACCAACCUGACUCUACCUUCGCGUGGAAAUGCCACGUACCAGGGCUGUUUCAUGGAAGGCGUUGGAGGCCGAGCCCUGACUGGAACCUCGUACUCGAACAGCAACAACAUGUCACUGGAGACGUGUGCAGUGUUUUGCCAGAAGAGCAACUACGCAAUGUUCGGCACCGAAUAUGGUCAAGAAUGCUACUGCGGCAACACCGUUAGCACCACACAAGUCGGCCAAGGCAACUGCUCGUCCUUCUGCACGGGCGACAAGACCGAGUUCUGCGGCGGCGGGUCUCGCCUCUCAGUAUGGUCGUUGUCAUCAUAUACAACGGCCACACCAUCUAGUGGAAGUGGCACCGGUGGUGGCAGUUCCUCGGGGACCCCUUCCUCCUCCUCAUCGUCCGUCGCAGCGGUUCCCUCUGCAAGUGGCAUCGCCUAUCUCAACUGCUACAGCGAAACGAGCAACCCACGCGCCCUCGCAGCCGUGUUCAAGUCGUCGACUUCCAUGACCGUCGACUCGUGCGCCCAGACGGCGCAGAGCCUGAACCUACAAUACUUCGGGGUAGAAUACGCGUCGCAGUGUCUGGCCGGUAGCACACUGGACCCGCGGUCCGGCGUGAUCGCGUCGAACAAAUGCAGCAUGGCCUGCUCCGGCAACAACCGCCAGACAUGCGGCGGGCCCAGCGCCAUCAGCCUGUACAACAACACGCUGUAUGUGAAACCGUUCAACCCCAACCCGGUCAACAUCCACAACCAGCCCGGCUCGCAGUACGGCUAUGUCGGCUGCUACAGCGAACCGGCGGGCGCGCGCGCACUGGGCUCCACGGCCAGUUACGGCGCGUACACCACCACCUCGACGACCCUGACGGUCGAGGCGUGCGCGGCGCUGUGUCUCGCCAAGGGCUAUGCCUGGAUGGGCGUCGAGAACGGGAACCAGUGUUUCUGCAACGGCGCCGGCAUCAUCAAUGGCGCGGCCAAGUCCGCAGGCGGCGAUGCUGACUGUGCCAUCACCUGUGUUGGAAAUGCGCAGGAGAACUGUGGCGGGACGGCCAAGCUGAAUAUCUACCAGCUCAAGAGUGGGAGUGGCAGUGCGAAAUACGCCACGCCGGCCAAGCGUGGGUGGAGGUUCAAGACGUGGUGA